AUGGCAGCAACGAGUCCAGCUGCUACCGCUGCUGUCCCCCUCACAAUCACCACCCUCGUCCCUCCAUUUGCGUCGCCAGUCCAAAACGUCCAGCUGCUGCUUCAUGCUAUUAUUGCCGCAUCCACUGAGCUCAGUCAUAUUGGCUCAAUCACUCGAAGCAAGUUCAAGGCUAGUGGCUUGGAUGGAUCUGAAUACUUCGCCUCCUUGGAGAUGGCAAAGAAAAGCAGAUCUCAUAUGACGUUCGCAACCGCAAUCCUUGGGGGCAACACCCCAUUCUCGGUGUUUGACGAACUUUCUCAAACAGCCUCAAACCUUGGCAGAUUUGAGGAUUUGGUAGAUUCUUCAGUUUCAACGAAAGUCAAUGCCUUGAUGACUGACGCAACUAGCGUGGACAGAAAUUUUGCCAUGAUGGAACAAACUAUAGAGGUCUUGAAGAAAUCUAUUGAGGACAAAGACCUUCAAAUCGCUCAACUCAUGAACAAAUUGGAGGCCUAUGCACCUGGAGAGUCGAGCCAUGUCCCUCCUCAUACACCUAUCUUCACCUCCCAAAAAACAACUGUUGAGGAAUCAUUUGCAAAGUUAAACAUUCAAAAGGAAAAGCAAUCUACUUCAGUUGCGGCGUUAUACGUCCAACAAUUGCAAGACAUGAUAACAAACACCAUCAGAGCUCAAUAUGGCGGACCAUCGCAAAGUUCGUUGUACUACUCUAAGCCUUAUACUAAGAGGAUUGAUUGUUUAACCAUGCCCACCAAUUAUCAACCACCAAAGCUGCAUCAAUUUGAUGGCAAAAGGAACCCAAGGCAACAUAUUGGCCACUUUGUUAAGAUUUGUAGCAAUGCUGGAAUGCAUGGUGACCUUUUGGUAAAACAAUUUGUUCGUUCUCUGAAAGGGAACGCAUUUGACUGGUAUAUUGACUUGGAUCCCGAGUCCAUUGAUAGCUGGGAUCAACUUGAGAAGGAAUUCCUCAAUCGUUUUUACAGUAACCGAAGGACUGUAAGCAUGAUAGAGUUGACAGGCACCAAGCAAAGUAAGGACGAGCUUGUGGUGGAUUACAUUAAUCGUUAG